GUGUUUUCCCCACUUGUGCUCAGCUCACUUUAGUUUUAAGUUCUAUAAAUACUUUGAAAUAUUCCAAACAAAAACACACACACACACAUACAAAUAGUUGACAUUUUUCUAAAAAUAAACUACUCGUAUAAUGGAACUUGAACUAAGUCUUUCACCUCCUAACCAGAGGAGAAAAUCCAUCAAGAAAAACAGCUUCCAUGGUGAUAAACAUCCAUGUUCAACCGUGACUAGAUUUCCCCUGGUUUCAUGGAAUCAAGAUGAAGAUGAUGAUGAUCAGAACAAUCCAUUCAUUGAUGGCUGUUACCAACGGAAUUUUGAUAGUAAUAGAGAAGAUGGUUUAGAUGGAUGGCCACCUUUGCAUUCAUGGAGAAAAAGGUUCAUUGAAGAAAACCACAUUGAGGGUGUCGGUUUUAAUGGAAGGGUGGAUGAAGAAGGUGAGGAAAUUAAUAAUGUAAUGAACAACAACAAUAACAAUAACAACAAUGAGUUGUUAUUUGUGAAGGUAAAGAUGGAUGGAGUUGGGAUUGCAAGAAAAAUUGAUUUGAAUACUUUCCAUUCAUACCAAAUGCUUACCACCACAUUGCUUCACAUGUUUGACAAGUAUGCUGAAAUUGAGGAAGAUGGUGCAAGUUACAAGCUUAUGUACCAACAUAAGGAGGGACAUUGGCUUCUUGCGGGAGACAUUCCAUGGGAGUAUAAUGUUCAUUCAUACCGUAAAACGCAUACAAAUGGUAAGGAAUUGAACCAAUGAUUGCGAAUCAUACAAGUGACCGAUGAUGGAUAUAUAAAUUUCGUCGAAUAUGUUUGUACUCGUUAGCUUCAGCAAUCCAAGUUAAAGGUCUAAUUAGGUUAUGACCAAGUAGUUUCUGAAGUGUAUAUCAUGUUUUUCAUUGUUGGAUUUGCUAGAAUCGUUGUCGGGAAGGUGAUCUAUCGAAUGGGUUUCUAGGUUACUAUAUGGAGUCAUAUAAAAUGUCCAUAUAUAAUGUGUUGUGUUGGUCUUAUUUUAUAGCAGCCCCUAUGAUGUGUGAGCUUCAA